AUGCAGUUAUCAUGGAAGGACAUACCACCGGUGCCAACAUCAAAUGAUAUGUUGGACAUCAUAUUGAACAGGACACAGAGGAAAACACCUACUGUGAUCCGUCCUGGUUUCAAAAUCACUCGUAUUCGUGCUUUUUACAUGAGAAAAGUCAAAUUCACAGCUGAAGGUUUCGUUGAGAAAUUUAACGAUUUGCUUAGUGGAUUUCCUAAUAUUAAUGAUGUUCACCCUUUUCAUCGUGAUUUGAUGGAUACAUUGUAUGAAAAGAAUCAUUACAAAGUCUCUUUAGCUGCCGUGUCCAGAGCCAAAACUUUGAUUGAACAAGUUGCAAGAGAUUAUAACCGUCUUUUAAAAUUUGGUCAAUCUUUGUAUCAAUGUAAACAGUUGAAGAGAGCUGCUUUGGGUCGUAUGGCUACCAUCACAAAGAAAUUAAAAGAUCCUUUUGUUUAUUUGGAACAGGUGAGGCAGCAUUUGGGAAGAUUGCCAAGUAUCGAUCCAAACACUAGAACCUUGGUUAUUUGUGGGUACCCAAAUGUUGGUAAAUCAUCAUUUUUGAAAAGCAUCACCAAGGCUGAUGUCGAGGUUCAACCAUAUGCAUUCACUACCAAGUCCUUGUACGUUGGUCAUUUUGAUUACAAGUAUUUGCGAUUCCAAGCUAUCGAUACCCCAGGUAUUUUAGAUCGUCCUACAGAAGAGAUGAACAAUAUUGAAAUGCAAAGUAUAUAUGCCAUUGCGCAUUUGAGAUCAUGUGUAUUGUACUUUAUGGAUUUGAGUGAACAAUGUGGGUUUUCAAUUGAGGCUCAAGUCAAGUUGUUCCAUUCAAUCAAGCCAUUAUUUGCCAACAAGUCGGUGUUGAUUGUAAUGAACAAGUCAGAUAUUAUCAAGAUUGAAGACUUGGAUAAAGCAAACCAAGAAUUGCUCGAGACUUUGAAAGUUGUUCCAGGUGUUGAGAUUAUGCAAACUUCGUGUUAUGAAGAAGAUGGUGUUAUGCAAGUUCGUAACCAUGCAUGUGAGAAAUUACUCACAGCUAGAAUCGAGCAAAAAUUGAAGGGCACUGCAAGAGUCAAUAAUGUUUUGAACAAGAUCCAUGUUGCUAGACCACAACAAAGAGACGACGUUGAAAGAUUACCAUUUAUUCCUGAAGGUGCUAAAGAUUUGUUGAACUAUGAUGCCGAGGAUCCAAACAGACGGAAAUUGGCCAGAGAUUAUGAGGCUGAGAAUGGUGGUGCUGGUGUGUUUAAUAUUAACUUGAAGGAUAAAUAUAUUUUGGAUGAAGAAGAGUGGAAGCAAGACACUAUGCCCGAGUUUUUGAACGGUAAGAAUGUUUAUGAUUACUUGGACCCAGAUAUUGCAGCUAAAUUGCAAGCUUUAGAGGAAGAGGAAGAGAGGCUAGAGCAAGAAGGUUUUUAUGACUCUGAUGACGGUGAAGAUGAAGAUAAUAUGGAAGAUGCCGAAGAUAUUGCCGAUAUCAGAGCCAAGGCCCAAUGGAUUAGAAACAAGCAAAAGACAAUGAUUAUCGAGGGAAGAAAUAGAAAAUCUUUGAAAAACAAGGCUAUAAUGCCAAGAGACCAAAUCAAAAAGAGUAUUGGUGAUAUGGAAGAGCAUAUGUACAACAUUGGUCAUGACACUGAGAAAUUGCGUGAAACUAUUAACAAGAAGAGAAAGGCAGACGGUGAUAGUGGCAAGAUGUCGGGUGUUGAUGUUCUUAGACGCGACCAAGGUAUCAAGGCGCGUAAGUUAACCAAAAAGAAGCACGCACUUACCCAAUCAGAUAGGUUGAAUGAUGGUGUUAGUGAUGGUGCUAUGAGGUCUCAAGCCGAGCGUUUGGCCAAGAUUCAAAGGAGAGAGAGAAACAGAAUGGCAAGACAAGGUGAAGGUGAUAGACAUUCUACUGCUGCAUUGCCCAAGCAUUUGUUCAGUGGUAAGAGAGGUAUUGGUUCUAAUGAUCGUCGUUAG